AUGCCGCUGCCGCAGGGCGCCAGCAACCUCAUCAACAGCAACAACGUGCCCUACGUCGCGGGCCUCGGCGGCAUGUCCUCCGCCGUCGUCCAGAACAACGGCAACCCCGUCAACGGCGGCAACAAGAACAUCCCCUUCGUCAACGCCGGGGACCUGCCGUCGGGCGUCACGCUCCAGAACCUCCUCUUUGGCACCACCACCGUCAUCGACGAUGAGCUCACCGAGGGACACGAGCUCGGCGCGGGGGUCAUCGGCAGGGCGCAGGGCUUCUACGUCGCCAGCACGCAGGACGGCACCAGCAAGACCAUCUUGCUCACCGCCAUGUUCGAGGGCCCCGAGGCACCGCAUGGCGGCGACACGCUCAGCUUCUUCGGGGUCCACCGCAUGGCCGCGCCGGAGUCCCACAUCGCCAUCAUCGGAGGCACCGGCAAGUACGAGCACGCCAAGGGCUUCGCCGCCAUCCAAACGCUACACCCUGGCGACGAGCACACCACCGACGGCGUCGAGACUCUACUCCAGUUCAAUGUUCACCUCAUUUAA